AUGGCGACGUUUCGCGCUGCCCUCAAUUUCUUCCUUCUUCUCCUCCUGUUCUGCCUGCCGGGGCUGCGGCGAGGGGCGCGGGGCGGCGGGCAGCGCCCGCGGGGCUGCCCGGCGCCGUGCCGCUGCGAGCAGGAGGGGAUGCUCGUCCGCGCCGACUGCUCCGACCUGGGGCUCACGGCCGUGCCCGACAACCUCAGCGUCUUCACCUCCUACCUUGAUCUCAGUAUGAACAACAUCACAAAGCUGCCCUCAAACCCCGUGCACAACCUCCGCUUCCUGGAAGAGCUACGUCUUGCAGGAAAUGGCUUGACAUCCAUCCCUAAGGGAGCCUUUGCUGGCCUUUUCAGCCUGAAAGUGCUGAUGCUGCAGAAUAACCAACUACGGCAAGUUCCUACGGAAGCGCUCCAGAACCUGCGCAGCCUGCAGUCCCUACGUCUGGAUGCCAACCACAUCAGCUAUGUGCCCCCCAACUGCUUCAAUGGUUUGGUCUCCCUCAGACACCUAUGGCUGGAUGAUAAUUCUCUGACAGAAAUUCCUGUCCAGGCUUUUAGAAGUUUACCAGCACUGCAGGCAAUGACCCUGGCACUGAAUAAAAUCCAUUUCAUACCAGACUAUGCUUUUGGAAACCUCUCUAGUUUAGUAGUGCUACAUCUCCAUAACAAUAGAAUCUACUCCCUGGGAAAGAAAUGCUUUGAUGGGCUCCACAGCCUAGAGACUUUAGAUCUGAAUUACAACAGCCUGGAUGAGUUCCCCACUGCUAUCAGGACACUAACAAACCUCAAAGAACUGGGAUUCCACAGCAAUAACAUCAAGUCAAUACCUGAGCGUGCCUUCGAGGGCAACCCAUCCCUUAUCACAAUACAUUUUUAUGACAACCCUAUCCAGCUCGUUGGAAAAUCUGCUUUUCAGCACCUGCCAGAACUCAGAACUCUGACUUUAAAUGGUGCUUCACAGUUAACUGAGUUUCCUGAUCUGACUGGGACCACAAGUCUGGAGAGUUUGACACUCACAGGAGCACAGAUCACCUCUCUCCCCACAUCAGCUUGUGAGCAGUUGCCUAAUCUCCAAGUGCUAGAUCUGUCUUACAAUCUGCUGGAAGAUUUACCCUGCUUCACUGCUUGCAAAAGACUCCAAAAAAUUGAUUUGCAUCACAAUGAAAUCGGAGAAAUCAAAGCAGAGACGUUCCGGCAGCUGGCUGCUCUUCGCUCCCUGGAUUUAGCUUGGAACAAAAUUAAAAUAAUUCACCCCAGUGCCUUCUCUUCUUUACCAUCUCUGAUCAAACUGGAUGUGUCAUCCAACCUUUUGUCCUCUUUUCCUGUGACGGGGCUGCAUGGCUUAACUCAUUUAAAAUUGACAGGAAAUCGUGCCCUGCAGAGUCUGAUACCAUCUGAAAGCUUUCCAGAGCUCAAGGUCAUGGAAAUGCCUUAUGCUUACCAGUGCUGUGCCUUUGGAGCUUGUGAGAGCCACUACAAACUCCCCAGCCAGUGGAGCAAAGAUGGGAACAGCAGCAUUGAUGAUCUGCACAGGAAGGAUGCUGGCUUGUUGCAAAUUCAAGAUGAGCGUGACUUUGAAGAUUUUUUCCUUGACUUUGAAGAAGAUUUGAAAGCUCAUCACUCAGUGCAGUGCUCUCCUUCUCCAGGUCCCUUCAAGCCCUGUGACCACCUGUUUGGCAGCUGGCUGAUCAGAAUCGCCGUCUGGGCCAUCGUGGCUCUGACCGUGGUGUGCAACGCGCUGGUGUCCGCCACCGUGUUCAGAUCUGCCUUGUCUACGUCCUCCAUAAAGCUUCUGAUAGGCCUCAUAGCCGUUGUGAACGCCCUGAUGGGGCUGGCCAGCGGGGUGCUGGCCGGCGUGGACGCGGCCACCUUCGGCAGCUUUGCUGAGUACGGAGCGGAGUGGGAGAGCGGUGCCGGCUGCCAGCUGACUGGGCUGCUCUCCAGCUUUGCUUCACAGGCUUCCAUCUUCCUCCUCACCCUGGCGGCGCUGGAGCGCGCCGUAUCUGCAAAGCAGGCUGCCAAGUUUGAGAGCAGACCCUCCGCUGCUGGUGUCAGGCUGGGCAUUGUCCUUUGCCUUGCCCUGGCUCUGACCGUAGCGGUGAUCCCGCUCCUCGGGGGCAGCCAGUACGGCCUCUCCCCGCUCUGCCUGCCCCUGCCCUUCGGAGAGCCUCCUGCUAUGGGCUACAUGGUAGCGCUGGUGCUGCUCAACUCCCUGUGUUUCCUGGUGAUGACUGUCGCUUAUACAAAGCUCUACUGUAGCUUGGAGAAGGGAGAACUGGACAGCAUUUGGGAUUGCUCCAUGGUCAAGCAUAUAGCCUUGCUGCUUUUUACUAAUUGCAUUCUUUACUGCCCCGUAGCCUUCUUAUCUUUUUCCUCCUUACUAAACCUCACUUUUAUCAGCCCAGAAGUGAUUAAGUCAAUCCUGUUAGUGAUUGUCCCACUGCCUGCAUGUCUAAACCCACUCCUUUAUAUAUUUUUCAAUCCACACUUCAAGGAGGACUUGGGAAGCUUGCAAAAGCAAACUCUCUUAUGGAGGAGAUCAAAACAUGCCAGCCUGAUCUCUGUGAAUUCAGAAGACAUAGAAAAGCAGUCCUGUGACUCAACCCAAGCCUUGGUAACCUUCACAAGUGCCAGUAUAUCAUAUGACAUGCCCACCAGCAACUCACUGAUGCCACCCUCUCACCACAUGACAGAGAGCUGCAAGCUUUCAGCAGUUGCAUUUGUUCCCUGCCGCUAG